CAUGAGUGCUUCAUGAUCUUAAACACAAACCCAAGAAACUCAAGCAUGUCUUUCUUCUGGCUUUUUCCUUUUCUCCUUCAUCUUUCAUUUGCCUAUUCCUUAUCUUCUCCUUCAGCUCUAGCUCAAAAUUUUAUUUACAUAAACUAUUCUUGUCCAGGUACUAUAAUAUUAUCGUAUUCAAGAAACAGCACUUACUUCACCAAUCUCAAAACCCUUUUGUCCUCUCUCUCUUCCCGGAACGCUUCAUACUCUUCCGGAUUCCAAACUGCCACGGCGGGACAAGCCCCUGACCGGGUUACCGGACUUUUCCUUUGUCGUGGAGACGUCUCCCAAGAAGUUUGCCGUAACUGCGUCGCCUUUUCCGUUAACGAGACGUUAGAUUUCUUUCCGAAUAGCAAAGAAGUCGUGCUCUAUUACGAUGAGUAUAUGCUCAGAUACUCUCACCGCAAUAUUCUCUCGACCGUUACAUACAAUGGAAGUGCUAUCUUGUUGAACGGUGUUAAUAUUUCAUCAACUAAUCAAAAUCAAGUAGACCAGUUCAGGGAUUUGGUGUCGUCCACGUUGAACCAAGCUGCCGUUGAAGCAGCCAACAAUUCUAAAAAGUUUUAUACGAGAAAGGUCAUCAUACCACAGACUUUGUACUUGUUAGUUCAGUGCACUCCUGAUCUUACAAGACAGGACUGUUUACGUUGCCUACAAAAAUCCAUCAAUGGAAUGCCUCUUUACCUAAUUGGAGGAAGAUUUCUUUACCCUAGUUGUAAUUCAAGGUAUGAGAUUUACGCGUUCUACAAUGAAACCGCCACUAGAACAUCACCACCACCGUCUCUGCCGCCUGGCUCUACUCCUCAACAGCAGCUGAAGUUAGCUCCCCCACCGCAGAUUUCAAUCCGUGGAAAAGGGGGAAACUCUUCAGCCAUAAUCAUCGCUGUUGUUGUUCUAUUCACUGUCCUUUUUAUAAUCUUUGUAGCUGUUUUUUGUUUUCGGGCUAAGAAAACAAACACGACUUUUGAGAGGGAACCACUUACUGAAGAAAGUGAUGAUAUUACUACUGCGGGGUCACUUCAGUUUGAUUUCAAGGCAAUUGAGGCAGCAACAAAUAAGUUUUGUGAGACUAACAAACUUGGUCAAGGAGGUUUCGGCGAAGUUUACAAGGGUAUAUUUCCUAGUGGAGCACAAGUUGCAGUGAAGAGGUUAUCCAAGACAUCAGGACAAGGUGAAAGAGAGUUCGCAAACGAAGUUGUUGUUGUGGCAAAGCUUCAACAUAGAAAUUUGGUAAGAUUGCUAGGGUUUUGUUUGGAAAGAGAUGAGAGGAUACUUGUCUAUGAAUUUGUGCCCAACAAAAGUCUCGACUACUUCAUCUUUGACUCUACGAUGCAAAGCCUGCUGGAUUGGACUAGACGAUACAAAAUCAUUGGAGGAAUUGCUAGAGGGAUUCUUUAUCUUCAUCAAGAUUCACGACUCACAAUCAUACAUCGUGAUCUCAAAGCAGGUAAUAUUCUCCUUGAUGCUGAUAUGAACGCAAAAAUCGCCGACUUUGGAAUGGCGAGAAUUUUCGGAAUGGACCAAACGGAAGCCAAUACUAGGAGAAUAGUUGGAACAUAUGGCUAUAUGUCUCCCGAGUAUGCGAUGUAUGGCCAAUUCUCCAUGAAAUCAGAUGUGUAUAGCUUCGGGGUCUUAGUUCUCGAAAUUAUAAGUGGGAAAAAGAACAGCAAUGUCUACCAAUUCGAUAGUGCUAGUGCUGGCAAUUUGGUUACAUAUACUUGGAGACUAUGGAGCAAUGGGUCACCGUUAGAGCUUGUGGAUCCAUCCUUUCAUGAUAACUAUAGAAUAAACGAAGUUACCCGAUGCAUCCAUAUCGCUUUACUAUGUGUUCAAGAAGAAGCUGAAGAUCGUCCAACCAUGUCAGCUAUUGUCCAGAUGCUCACUACUAGCUCAAUGGCUCUCGCGGUUCCUCAACGACCUGGUUUUUUCUUCCGGAGUAGUAAACAUGAACAAGUAGGAUUAGUGGAUCGUCUAUCUAUCAAUACGUCCGCUCUCUAUUCAGUCGAUGAUGCUUCCAUUACUAAUGUAACUCCUCGUUGAAGACAAAAUUUAUUUAUAGAUAUCAAAGUUUUGCGAUAUAUGAUUUAGUCUAUUAAUUAAGCAUCGACAACAAACAAAGAUUCGUUUAAGGUUUAGUUGUUAAUUAGCUCUUUCUUAGGUUUAUAUUUUAUUUGUUAGCAUUAUAGAGUUUUUACGAUUAAGGUAAAGGAAAUAAUGUGUAAGAGAUAUUGGAAAUGAAAAUGUGUAAUGGUGGAGCGAAGGAAUCAAAACCUCUGAACAA